AUGUUCGUACAGCAAAUUGUGCUUCAAGCCUUUGGCCUGAUUGCGUCCUCCUUACCCUUGUCAGUAAAGGCUCUGCCAGCAAGCCACUACGAGCUACACAGACCUUCACAUGUAACGACAGUUCAUACUGUCCCCGGAACUGCAACACUCGAAAAUCUUGCUGUCAGAAACAACGGUCAUAUCCUGGUCGCAUCGGUCACUUCGUCAACUUUAUAUCAGUUGUCACCGACAAAUGAAGGGGACCCGGUUGGCGUUGCCGAGAUAGCCGGUGUCACCGGCCUGCUCGGGAUCUCUGAACUAGAACCCGACCUGUUCUACGUGAUUGGCUCCAACUUGACGUCCACUGAAAAUUCAAACGGCGUGUGGAAAGUCGACUUGCGCAAUUUUGAAGUUUCCCGAAAUGGCACCAUCAUCCAGCCGGCGAAGAUCUCAUUGGUCAAACGAAUACCGUCCGCACGACAGCUCAACGGCAUGACACCUCUGGCCGCAAACGACACGACGAACCUACUCAUCUCGGAUUCAUCUCUUGGGACGAUUAUUCGGUUGAACGUGGUGACGGGCGAUGUUAAGACUAUCCACCAAGAGCGCGAAAUGGCCCCGUUGGACACAGGUCUCAAUAUCGGGGUGAACGGUAUCCGGAUUCGUGGAAAUAGUCUUUACUUUGUGAGCCUGGACCAGGGUCUAUUUGCCAGACUUCCUAUUUCACUUACCGAUGGAUCUGCUGCCGGACCUGUCGAGAUUCUUGCCUCUAAUAUUACCUUUGGCGAUGAUUUUGCGCUCUCGAAUGAUGGCAAGCGAGCGUACGUCGCGACGAACGGCCCACAAGAGGUACUUGGGGUCGAUCUCACUCGGGGUGGCAAGGUUGUCGUUGCGUCUUCGUCUCUCCUAUCUUCCGCAUCAUCAGUGGCCCUAGACAAAUUGGAGCCGGAAAAGGUCUUCUACGUCACCGGGGCAGCAAAAGUUGGCAACAGUACCGUAGGUCAUCUCGCCAGGGUCGCACUUCAAUGUCGGACCACACGUUUAGUUUCUUAG